GUUGUGAUCAAAAUUUGUUCGUUCUGUGUGAUUGUUAGCGUGUGUUUCAACAGAAAAUGGUUGACGCCAACGCAGAGGAUGUCUAUGACCCCUACCAGCAUCGUGUCGUUGAGAAUCCGAUGAACAAUUUCGAGGUGUAUAUUAGCUUGUUGAAAGCCUCCAUUGGCAUCGGUUGCUUGGCCAUGCCCAAAGCAUUUCAAGCUGCCGGCUGGCUCAACGGCUUGAUCAGCACUGUAGUCAUUGGUUCCAUUGUCAUAUUCGCGUUGCACAUUUUGUUGAAAGGCAUGCACGAACUCUGCAAGCGGAAACGUGUGCCCCAGUUGAACUACCCCGAUUCGAUGGCACUGGCUUUGGAGGCUGGACCGAGGUGUUUGCGAUUUCUGAGCAAAAGAGCGCGUUCUACCAUAGAUUUCAUUUUGGCCUUCUAUCAUUUUGGAGUUUGUUGCGCUUACGUGGUUUUCAUAGCGGACAAUCUGAAGGAGUUGAUCGACUUUUACGGCUAUACCAUCGAUAUUCGAUUUUACAUAUUCGCUCUGGCAGUGCCACUGGCGUUGAUUUACUUAAUACGCGAUCUUAAGAAUCUGGUGCCCUUGAAUGCGCUUGCGGAUGCCAUGACUUGCAUUAGUUUUUGCAUACUUUUCUAUUACAUCUUCAUGGAUCUGCCGCCGCUGUCCGAGCGCAAGCCCAUUGGCGACAUAAAAAGCUAUCCUUUGUUCUUCGGCACUGUGCUCUUUGCAAUCGAGUCCGUCGGAGUGAUAAUUUCCAUUGAAACUAAGAUGAAGACACCCAGGGACUAUUUCGGCUUGUGUGGCAUAUUAAACAUGGGCUUAGGCACAUCUCUAUUACUAUACACCUUGGUGGCUUUCUUCGGCUACUGGCACUAUGGAGAUGCAGUGAAGGACAGCAUUACUUCAAAUCUGCCAUUGGACGAGCUAUUUCCCCGCCUCGCCAAGUUAAUGUUCGCAGCGGCAAUAUUUUUUUCAUUUGCCUUGCAAGGCUACAUAACAAUUGAGGUAUGUUGGCGUCGAUACUCGGAGUAUCUGAACUUGAAGGAGCCACAUCCAUUGGAAUACGUGUUACGCGUAGCAAUUGUGCUGGGAGCAGUGCUUGCGGCCUAUAUGAGCUCCCAACUGGUACUGAUACUCUCGCUCGUUGGCUCGUUUUCACUCUCCUACCUGGGGCUAAUUUUCCCCGGUGUGCUGGAUUUUUGCUUGCGCUACAACAUGGGAUAUGGACCGUACUACAUCUACUUGUGGCAAGAUUUAUUUUUGGUAAUCUUCGGUGUGGUAGGUGGCUCCGUGGGAACUUGGUUUUCGCUCAUCGACCUCCUUCAACACUACCAGCUUGAACUGUGACGAACCUCACACAAACAUACAUAUUUGAGUGGGCAUCAGAGCCAAAAACAGCAGCAUUCACUAUAUGUAAAUAAUAAUAGAUUUGUAAGCAAUUAGAAGGUACGUGCACUUAUUC